CCCAAAACAAAAAAUUAAGCGAAGAUAUUUUAAUUUUUAACAACUAUAGAAUGAAUGAAGCAUUCAAUAUUAAGGAUCCCGAUAGUGAUUAUGAUACUUAUGAUGAUAGUACAAGUUCUAUAACCAUUGAAGAAAGUCUUGCAUCUGAAGAAAAUAAUGAUGAUUGUGAAAUUGAAUGGAAAGAUCUAGAACAUGAAUUCUCUGAAACAGCAUCAUUUGUAACAGAAUCAACAGACAAUGAAGGCCUAGAUUAUUUUUUAGAUAAUCGUAAAAAAGCCAAAACAUUAACUUCUUUUAUCCUUUUACAUGUAAUUGAUGGUCAAGUAAAACGAUGUUCUAAAUUUAAGCAAAAAACACAACAACCUUUAGCAUA